AUGGCACCCGUCGAUCCUGAUUGGUAUUAUACACGAUGUGCAUCAAUAGCCCGAUUUCUUUAUUUACGUCGAACAGGCGUUGGCGCUUUUACUCGUAUCUAUGGUGGUCGUAAACGUAAAGGUGUACGUCCAUCUCAUUUCCAACGUGGUUCACGCAGUGUUGUACGUAAAUGUAUACAAUCACUAGAAAAAGUCAAAUUUGUCGAAAAACAUGCAUCAGGUGGUCGUGUACUUUCACAAAUAGGACGAAGAAAUAUGGACACAAUAGCCAAACAAGUUGCAGAAAAACUUGCUCGACAACAACAACAACAACAAUAA